AUCUUUUUUCUUAUACGAAAUAGAGGGUUAAAUUUUGUCUAGACAUACAAGUUUCUGUUCAUACAGAAUUGUUUAGUUUUACCUUGUAUAAAAUUAUUGUGCAAAAUUAUCAUAGUAAUCACUCAGUAUAACCAACAAAGUAGUUCAUCUAGUUAUAAUAAACGUUGUAUUUAUUAGGUAAAUAAAUAAGAUAAUAAUAUUAAAACAUGUAGGAGGACGAUAUUAUUUGUUAACAAGAAGUUUUGAUCAUGACAACAGUGAAGGUUCAUGGCGGAGUAGAUAUACUGCGGCUACCUGUUAAUGAAAAGGAGCAUAUCUUUCCACCAUGGCAAAUAAAAUAUACUCAAUCUCAUAUACUUCACUCCAAGUGUUCAAAGAGCGAAAAUGGUUGCGGUGACCAAGAUGGCACAGCAUGCCAAUUUUGCAUAUAUAGUAAAACUUUAGACUUGCCACAUAUGCCCGAUAUGGUAUUUCCAAAUAACAUAUUAACUCUAAAACACCGAAAUGGAGCUAUCUUGCAGUUUAAUGCGCUUGAUGCGUUAAAAUAUGUUUCCAAUGGCAAAAUCAAUGUACAACUUGCAUGUGCCGAAGCAUGGAAAGAAUCAAGAUUGGAAAGCAGUGAGUUUUUGGAGGAGAAAGUUAAGCCGUUCGAUUGGACUUUUACAACCAAUUAUACGGGUACAAUAUUUGGAUUUAAUUUGGAAGAAACUAACGAAAGAAUUGACUUAGACAAAUUGAAGAGAAGAGAGAAAAUUAGGUUUUAUCAUGAUUUGACACUUUUUGAAGACGAGCUUCAUGAUAAUGGUAUUGCUGUAUGUUCAGUUAAAAUUCGUGUAAUGCCUACUAGCUUCUUCAUUCUACUGCGUUAUUUUUUGAGAAUUGACAAUGUUAUGUUAAGAAUAAAAGAUACUCGUAUCUACCACGAAUUUGGACAAAAUUAUCUGCUAAGAGAGUUCACUACUCGGGAAGCCAAAGUUGAAGAUAUUCAUGUAUCUCCAGUAUUGUUCAUAGAACCAAGCGACAUUGCACCUCACCUGCCAAUAAUCGAAAGUUAUUAUCAUAAAUUGAUUGUUUCAUCGAGAGAAGAAACUGAAAUAAAAGAUGGAAUGUCAACUUCCGUUGAGAACACAGUGGAUACUACUAUUACUUAAUAUUUGUUAUAAAGAUUGUCCGAAAAGAAAGAAAAAAAAAGAAAGAAAGAGGGAAUACAUUCGAUCACAAAUUAUAACUUUAAGUAAAUGAGCUAAAAACUUGCACGCGCUUUGCAUUAAAAAGAAAAACCAAGAAUAAAAAAUUAUAAAAAAUACUUUUCGCAAAGUAUAUAGGAUAUUAAUUUUAUAUGAUGAAUAAUUUGCUUGAAAAUCGGAUUGCAGUAUAGUGCAGGAGAAAAAUAAAAAAAAAAAAACAAGUUUGUAAUUGCUAUGUGAGAUAUGCAAUGUAAAACAAACGAAAUAAUACAACCAAAUGUUUAAUAAUAUUUUUGUUUGUUUAAUUCGCAAAUAAAGUUAUCUAACGCAAAAAUGAUAAAAAA